AUGAAUUAAACAUAAACUAAUUUAUCUCAGGUGAGACAAAAAGAAAAGGUAGCCUUGAAUGACGGAUUGCCUAAGAUUGAACCAAGAAUAGUCAUUGAAGAACUUAAAAGCCAUUUGUACUCUGAUGACAACUUUAAAAAAUUAUUCUCAGAUGCAGAAGAUAAGAAAUAUCGAGAAAACUUUUAAUUAUUUGAUAGAGAUGGCGAUGAAAGAAUAAGCUUUACUGAAUUGCAAGAAUUGUUGACAUCCAUUGGAUACAUCUAUGAAGAAUAGGAAUUGAGUGAGUUAUACAAGGAACUUGAAGAUUCAGAGGGAUAAGGAAUCAGAUCCGAUGCUCUAUUCAUUCUAGUUAGCAAAAAGAAAAGGGAAUAAGAUAGAGAAGAAUAACUAAUUGAAGCUUUUAAAUCUGUGGAUUUAGAAAACACUGGGUAUAUUUAAAGUGAGUAUUUCAAAGAAUUGUUAAUGACUAUGGGCUAUAGAUUUACUGAAGAUGAGGCAGAUGAGUAUAUGAAAUUCAUUGAUCCAAAAAAUGAAGGGAAAUUCUUAUACAUAGAUAUUGUUAAAAAAAUACUUAAAUGAAUUAAGAUAAUAUUGAUAUCAUAAUUUAUUUAUGUUCUAAAAUAGAAUUAACUAAUUGAUAAA